UCAAAAACUAUAAAAGAGACACCACUUGCGCAUUUUGGAACUUUCUACCAUCAUAAUACGGAAGCCCGCUUAUCAUAUGCGCUACCGGUGCAUCUUAGAGUACGCCACCAGAUUGUUGAUCUUAACUGUUCCGGUGACGAUGUCCGAUCAAAAUCCUAAAUCAAUUUUCCCGGCGAUGAAUCUGCACAAGGAGAUGGCGAGCAUUAAGCGAAUGCCUGAGGCUAUUUGGAGUUCAAUUCAGUCAGGCUUUAUCUUCUAAGAUUUCGCAGUCUCGAUGCUGGUGCCACCAAGGUAUAUGUUUCUAUAGGCAGUGGGACCUGCUAUGUUAAGGUGGAGGACAUGGGAUCUGGUGUUUCACGAUAUGGACUGGUGCUGAUAGGAGAAAUAUGCGCUAAUCUUUUUGCAAAGUGUUGUACUCAAGUUGAGCUGGAACAUACACAUUGGCGCAUAGGACUUUUAGCCUAGUUUAUGGAGACAAUAUAUGCGCCUCUUUCUUUCAUCUUCUGUUAUGUUUCCUUUUUGUCUGGCCAUUCUAACUAUGGUGUCGUAUGCUUCCUUUUACACCAGCGACAUCAAAAUACGGCCAUUCAGAUGAUAUGCAUGCUUUCCCAGCAAGCUUUGGCUUCAAAGGAGAGGCUCUGAGCUAUAUUUCUGACGUUUCUUUAUUGGAAAUUGUUACUAAAACUCACUGGAGGCCAAAUGAAUUUUGUAAGGACGGCAAGUGUUUGUGCCUUGGAGUUGGUACAACAGGAUUUGGUAUCUCACGAGAUGGACUAGUGUUGAUGGGAGGAAGAUAUGCGACAUCAAAAUACUGCCAUUCAUAUGAUAUGCAUGCUUUCCCAGCUAGCUUUGGCCUUAAAGGAGAGGCUCUGAGCUCUACUUCUGAUAUUUCUUUGUUGGAAAUUGUUACUAAAACUCACGGGAGGCCAAAUGGAUAUUGUAAGGUUUUUAAGUCAUUGUUCGUGAUGUAUUUUACAACCAACCAGUUCAAAGGAAGCACAUGCACUCCAAGCCCAAAGAGAGUCCUGCAUUCUAUGAAAGAGUAUCUGCUAAGAAUCACCCUUGUGCAUUCCAAUGUCUCAUACAAUUUUGUUGAUAUUGACAGACGUGCUACUCCUUCUUCGUUGCCGCUAUUGUCCGCUGGGUUUGGGAUUCAUCUGAGUUCCCUUAACAAACUGAAUGCAAGUGAUGGCUCAUUCAAACUCUCAGGAUACAUCUCAGGUUUUGAUGUUUACACAGUGAACAGUAUACAUGACCAAAUUGAUGGAUAGGAGUUGUGAUAAAUAUCAACUCAAGAUUUGCUUCCAAAGGACCAAUACAUAAAUUACUUAAUAACAUAGCAGUGAGUAGCGAAGUCGAUCUCAGAUAUAUCC